AAUAUUUCUCGAUUGCCGGAUGCCAAGUCUUUUUGUUUUCCGCUGCUUUGUUUCCCGAGAAACAAACAGGCUGCUUCAGUUCUUUGGCGCUGAAAGAUGUUUAAGAACACGUUUCAGUCUGGAUUUCUGUCCAUCUUAUAUAGCCUUGGGAGCAAACCUUUGCAGAUAUGGGAUAAAGAAGUUUCUAAUGGUCAUGUGAAACGUCCACAUGAUGAAGACAUACAGUCCAAUGUACUUGAGAUUGUUGGAUCAAAUAUUCAGUCUACAUACAUUACAUGCCCAGUUGAUCCAGCUGCAACUCUUGGUAUAAAACUUCCAUUUUUGGUUAUGAUUGUGAAGAACUUGAAGAAAUACUUCACAUUUGAGAUUCAAGUGUUGGAUGAUAAGAAUGUCAGACGGCGAUUUCGAGCUUCUAACUUUCAAGCUAUUACUCGAGUGAAGCCAUACAUCUGCACCAUGCCACUGAAGAUGGAUGAGGGCUGGAAUCAAAUUCAGUUGAAUUUGGCUGAUUUUACCAGAAGGGCCUAUGGAACAAAUUAUGUUGAGACUUUAAGAGUUCAGGUUCAUGCAAAUUGCCGCCUGCGGAGAAUCUAUUUCUCUGACCGCCUCUACUCAGAAGAGGAGCUCCCUCCAGAAUUUAAACUCUACCUUCCAAUGCAGAAAGCAUGAGAAUCUCCGGGAUUCAGAAUCGCUGCUUCUAAAAAGAGUUGGGAGUUCGGAAUGAGUUAUCUUUUUUAGCAUGCUCCACCAGUCAACUAGUUCCAUCAUAACUUUUUUCAGUUCAUAUUAUUAGGAGAUAGCUAUCAAGUUCCAGACAGUAUUUGCUGCGCAGAUAUUUUACAUUUUGGCUUUGUUAUGUAGAUACAGCUAGUGGAACUAGCUUUGGUUUAUGGUUUUACUUGUAUAACCGAUUUCAUCCUUUAUGACUUUUUUUUGGGUACACCAAAUCCUGUAUGAUUUACACUACUCUUCUUGAUUUGCUGGGUUGAUUUUGUUAAAACUUAAUGCAUAUUUUUAAAUA